AUGCUGACUCUGUUGCGCGCGCAGAUGGGCGCCUUGUCGCUCCGUCCCGCCGCCCGCAACGUUGUGGUGAUCCGAGCAGCACUGUCGACAGCAGCUGAGGGCGCGAAGACGCCACCGGGCGAUGCACUGGACGCCGACACGGCCGCUUUCCUGAGCUCCACGUCGUCGAUUGCGUCGGAGCCACGAACGGUCAAGACGGUCAAGCGCGCGAUCCGCGCGAGCCCUCGCAAGCUCACGUACUUGGCGCAGCAGCUGCGCGGAUUGUCUGCGACGGAGGCGCUGCUGCAGAUGAAGUUCUCGCCCAAGCGCAAGGCCGAGAUCUUUCAAAAGACGGUGCAAAACGCGAUCAAUUUGGCCGACAUUAAGUAUCAGAUUGAGCCCGAGAACCUCAUGGUGGCCGAGUGUUUUGUGAACAAGGGCGCGUACCUCAAGCGCAUGCGGAUCAUGGGCCGAGGACGUUCGGGCGUCAUGCACCAUCCGUACACCCACUUGACGGUCGUGCUGCGUGAGUUUGACGCGUCCAAGAAGCCCCUGAGUCGCCACUUGGCAAAGAAACUGGCGCGCGAGACCGCUGCAAAGGCGAAAGCGCUAGAGACGAGUGGACCAGUGUAG